AUGUCUGUUGUCCACCAAGUGUUGGACCUCCUGGACAGCCGCACCAGCCUGGCCCUCCUGUUGGUCAGUCUGCUCACGUACUGGUACUUCAGACGGCCCAACAACGUUAACCUCCCGCCAGGCCCGAUGUGCUGGCCCGUCAUUGGAAGUCUGCCCAGUAUCGCUAAGACCGACGACCUCCACCUGAAAUUCCUGGACUGGCAGAAGGAAUAUGGACCUGUCACGUACUUCCGUAUGGGGAUGCUGGAUGCCGUGGUGCUCGGUGGUUAUGACGUGAUCUACCAAGCCCUGGUGAAGCAGGCUGAGGCGUUCUCCAGCAGACCCGUCCACCUAGCGAUUGUCAGCAAGAUUUCAAAGAACAAAGGUAUAGCCAUGAUCCCGUCCGGUCCGCUGUGGAAGGAGCACCGUAAGUUCGCCUUACUAACUCUGAGGAGCUUCGGCUUCGGGAAGCGAGGUGCGGAGGCCAAAAUCCUGGAAGAGUCUGCCGUCUUGUGCCAAGAGAUCCUCAACACGGGCGGCAAACCGUUCAGCAUCACCAGGCUGGUACAGAAGGCUACCACCAACGUCAUCUGUUCGCUGGUCUUCGCGCAUCGCUUCGAGUAUGAAGACCCGCAGUUUUUGCGGAUCAUGGAAGACUUCGACACCAUUGCCGGGACCAACUUCAUCAACAUGCCCGAGAACAUCUUUCCUUUCCUUAGGCAUGUGAUGAACAGUGCGGACAAGCUGCUGAAGGCAACCGCCCUCCCUAUGGACUACAUCCGGUCACAGAUGAGGGAACAUCAAGAGACCUUCGACAGGAACGACAUCCGGGAUUUUAUCGACGCGUUCCUGUUGGAAAUGAAGACCCAGGACCCGAGUACCAGCACCUUCACCGAGGACCAACUGGUGGCUACGGUGUUUGACCUGUUCAUAGGAGGCACGGAAUCCACAUCGACUGCUCUGCGAUGGGUCAGCCUUCUUAUGAUGGCGAAUCCGGAUAUACAACGAAAGGUACAAGAAGAGAUAGACAGCGUGCUAGGUCCGGACCAGCCCCCGACCAUGUCUCACCGUGCCCAGCUGCCCUACACACAGGCUGUCCUGACUGAGGUGUUCCGCUUCGCCUGUAUCGUCGCUGUGAUCGUGCCCCACACCACGACGCAAGACACUAACCUCAACGGAUACCACAUUCCAAAUCAGACGAUGGUCCUCCCCAACCUGUGGUCGGUUCACUACGAUGAGAAGCUGUUUCCAGACCCGUACAAGUUUGACCCCACCCGCUUCCUGGACGGGAGGGGGCAGUACAAGAAGGACGAGCACGUCAUGCCUUUUUCUGCAGGACCGCGGAUGUGUCUUGGUGAGCAGCUGGCUCGCAUGGAACUCUUCCUGUUCUUCACUUCACUCAUGCAGCACUUCACCUUCAAACUGCCAGAUGGCGCUUCUGUGUCACCGCAUGAGGGGAUCACUGCAGGCAUACGUGCUCCCAAACCUUUUGAUAUGAUAGCCGUGGCCAGGAACUAAACAA